AUGCAGCUGAUUUGGUGGAACUUAUUACUUCUUCACGCAUGGGCUGCUCCGGCGCCUGAUGCUCGUUUCCAGCACGACCUGCAACAGCUCUUGCGGAUUCCAGCCGGACAUCCAUUCAACCAGCCUGAUCUCCAGCAACCCAUCUCUCAAGAGCCUACUUCCCACCCCCCAUUUUCCCCCGGUCAUCGCGACCCAUAUGACCACAAGGUCGAUUCAGUGGGAGAUGAUCGAGAGCCCCUGCCCUUCCGCAAUGGUGAUGGCACGACGGUGAUGGGCCCGCGGAACCGGGAUCGGGAGCGUCAGAACCCCGAUCUGGUCCGCCCUCCCAGUACCGAUCAUGGCAGUAUGCCGAAUAUGCGAUGGAGUUUCGCAGACUCGCACAUUCGAAUCGAAGAAGGAGGAUGGACUCGACAAACCACCAUCCGGGAGUUGCCCACCAGUCGUGAGCUGGCGGGUGUCAACAUGCGUCUGGACCAGGGAGUCAUUCGCGAGUUGCAUUGGCACACGGAAGCCGAAUGGGCCUAUGUCCUCGCGGGCAAAGUGCGAGUCACUGCGCUGGACACCGAAGGUGGCAGCUUCAUGGAUGAUCUCGAGGCCGGGGAUCUGUGGUAUUUCCCUGCUGGACAUCCGCACUCCCUGCAAGGCCUGGGCGAGAACGGGACAGAGUUCUUACUGAUCUUCGAUAACGGACACUUCUCGGAGGAAUCUACCUUCAUUCUCACAGACUGGAUGGCACAUACACCCAAAGCAGUCCUGGCAGAGAACUUCCGCAUCGCAGCCUCGAAAUUCGACAAAAUCCCCACAUCCGAGAAGUACAUCUUCCAAGGAACGAACCCCGGCAGCAUCGAGGACGAAAAACCACGAGGCUUCAAGAAAUCCAAAAUCAACUUCACGCACCACAUGCACUCUCAAAAACCCCUCGAAACAUCCGGCGGUCUCGUCCGCAUCACCGACUCAACCAUCUUCCCCAUCUCCAAAACCGUCUCAGCAGCGCAUCUCGAAAUCGCCCCGGGCGCUCUCCGCGAGAUGCACUGGCACCCUAAUGCGGACGAGUGGACGUAUUUCAAGAAGGGACGAGCCCGCGUAACCAUCUUUGCGGCGGAGGGUAAUGCGCGGACGUUCAACUACAUGGCUGGGGAUGUGGGGAUUGUGCCUCGCAACCAUGGGCAUUAUGUGGAGAAUCUGAGUGAUGAGGAGCCUUUGGAGAUUUUGGAAAUCUUCCGGUCGGAUGCGUUUCAGGAUUUCUCGUUGGCGCAGUGGUUGGGACGGACGCCUCCGAGGAUGAUUGCGGAUCAUCUUUAUGCUUCUGAUCCGGAGUUGGCGAGGGAGUUCUUGAAGAAGAUUGAGGGUGCGGAGAAGGAUCCGAUUAAGGAUACGAUCUAG